GAGUUACAGCGGUCGAUGGCGUCCAAUAGGGCAGGAGAGGAGACGGGUUCUGGGGAGAGCCAACAGUUUGGGACGCCCAGCCGAGUAAUAACCAGUAGCCUUGAGCGAGAGGCGGGACUCUAAGGGAAACCAAUCACUGGAGGGACUCCAAGCAGCCACAGCCAAUGGUUCUGGGGCUAGGGCGUGGCCCUGACCCCCCGCCGCUUCCAAGAUCCGGCUACGGAACUAUGGCAGGGGGCGGGCAGCUGGCGCUGCGAACGCUGUCUGGACACGGUUGGGUGAGGGGCUCGGGUCCGGCUCUCCUUAGCCGCCUGCGGGACGCCGCUGUGGUGCGGCCCGGCUUCCUGAGCGCGGCCGAAGAGGAGACACUGAGCCGCGAGUUGGAACCUGAGCUACGCCGUCGCCGAUACGAAUACGACCACUGGGACGCGUUCUGCGGAUCCACCAUUGCCGGCCUGUCCCUGCUGUCUCCCAGUGUCAUGCGGCUGGUGCACACUCAGGAGCCAGGGGAGUGGCUGGAACUCCUGCUGGAGCCAGGCUCCCUCUACAUUCUUAGGGACUCGGCCCGUUACGACUUCUCCCAUGAGAUCCUUCGGGAUGAAGAAUCCUUUUUUGGAGAGCGUCGGAUUCCCCGAGGCCGACGCAUCUCAGUGAUCUGCCGCUCCCUCCCUGAGGGUAUGGGAUCAGGGGAGCCCCGGCAGCCACCCCCAGCCUGCUGACCUUCUCGAAGCUUCAUAAGACACCUGUGUUUAGUGGAUAAAGUUGGAGAAUGGACAA